GCCUGGUACUUCCACAACUACAUUAACUCGCUCGCAAAGUGGUAUGACCUCGGCGACGCCCUGCGCCAAUUCGAGACCAAGGUGCCCCUGCUGGCCCUCGACGAGCCGCUUCUCUUCAGCGCCGUCAUCGCCCUAUCGGCCGAACACCAGUGUCAAACAAGAGGGCCCCAGAUCGCCAGGGAAUCAGCCGCCUUCUACCACGGCCACUGCGUCCGCCGCCUGAUCCAAUUGGAUGAGAAGAGCGAGCUGUUGACGAAUGGCGUCGCACUAGCUGCGGCGUGUUUGUUGCGGUCGUACGAGAUCCUCGAUGAGGACGUUGACCCCAACAGGCAUCUCAGGGGCGCAUAUUCACUGGCAUCAUGUGAAGCCUCCAUCACAGGGAGUCCCCCGGAUAGCCUCCUCGCUGCCAGGUUUUGGAACUAUUUGCGUGAGGACAUUACGUUCAGUCUGUUUGAAGGCUGCCCGUUGAAGAUGGAUGUGACUGAGUCUGCUGCUCCGAGCUUGGCUGAUGAUGGCCAUGACAAGCAACUCCACUCUGUUUCGCUCAUACUUGGUCAAAUCAUCAACAAGGCAUUCCGAAGUCAAAUCUCCGCGGUUGACUGGCAGAAGCUUGUCGACAUGGUACACACUUGGCUUGGGGAACUCCCAACACAUGUUCAACCAUUUUCUAGAGGCAGGUCAGUGACUUUGUCGACGGUAGGCGAACUACCAAGCUUCUGGUUCCUUCAAGACUUCCACGGCCAGCUGUCAAUGCUUCCAGCAGUGAAUGCUAACACCGCCAUCACCGGCCAUGCUGCAGACAAAGACGACCUCCUGGAUGCUUACGCCCUCGAGAUUUGUGGUAUCGCCUUUACAACAAACAUACCGUCCGUCGUGGUCAACAGUUUCGGCCCUAUUGCCUACUGUGGCAAGUUUAUACGGUCCGAACAAGCCAGACAGGAGGUCAUCCGCCGUCUGGCCUCGUGCAAGCGCCCCGUCGGCUGGCCAGUCGAGCGCCUCAUCUCCAGCCUCAAGCAGUCAUGG